UGGCGGGGGCGGGGUCAGCGCGCGCGGGAAGCGGCUCUGAGGUUUUCUCCAGGGCCGCCGCCGCCGUCGCCUCGCGUCAUGGCGUUCUCGGUGCCCGGCUACUCGCCCAGUUUCAAAAAGCCGCCCGAGACCUUGCGGCUGCGACGGAAGAGGGUCCGGAGCUUUGGGGCCGACCUCUCUUCCGGGGAGCGACCGGAGCCGGAGCCCCGCCGCGCUGCCCUGGCGGCCGGGCUGCCUCUGCGCCCCUUCCCGGCGGCGGCGGCGGCGGGCAGAGGCGGCGGCGGCCCGGGCCCUGCCGGGAGGAACCCCUUCGCCCGCCUGGACAACCGGCCGCGGGCCGCCGCGGAGCCCCUCGACGUGCCGCCCCGCGGCCCGCAGCAGGCGCCGGGCCCGUUUUCAGAUUCUAAUCAAGAAAACGAUUUGCUCCGGGAAGAGAAAUUUCCUGAAGGAAUAGCGGUUGACGAAUUCAUCCAGACUUCCGGGGGAUCACUCUCCGAAUCUGACACCCCGCCCUCGGAGGGCACAGAGCUGCCUGCGGACUGGAGCAUUAAGACUCGACUCCUCUUCACCUCUUCCCAGCCCUUCGCCUGGGCGGACCACUUCAAAGCGCAGGAGGAGGCAGAAGGCCUCGCGCAGCACUGCCGCGGGGCAGGCGGGACCCUGCCCCGGAGCUUGCAGGAUCCCAAACUCUCCACCGAGCUGCGCUGUGCUUUCCAGCAGAGCCUCGUCUACUGGCUGCACCCCGCCUUUCCCUGGCUGACCCUGUUCCCUCGCAUUGGGGCUGACAGGAGAAUGUCGGGAAAGGCAAGCCCUUGGGCAGACGACGGAACCCUGCAGCGCGUGUUAAUGAACGACUGGUCUGUGAGCUUCACUUCUCUGUAUAACCUCCUGAAGGCGAGGCUCUGCCCCUACUUCUACGUGUGCACCUACCAGUUCACGGUGCUCUUCCGCGCGGCGGGGCUGGCGGGGAGCGGGGCGGCCACGGCGCUCAUGUCCCCCACCACCAGAGGAGUGCGAGAGGCCAUGAGAAAUGAAGGUAUUGAAUUUUCUCUGCCUUUGGUAAGAGAAAGGGGCCAUGAGACGAGAGCAUCUGGAACGAGCACGGGACACGGGGGGGAGCAAGCCGUGAGCGAUGAGGAUGAAGAAGAAAGUCUUUCCUGGCUGGAAGAGAUGGGUGUGCAAGAUAAAAUUAAAAAACCAGACAUACUGUCUAUCAAGCUGCGUAAAGAGAAGCAUGAAGUGCAGAUGGAUCACAGGCCUGAGUCUGUUGUGUUGGUGAAAGGAGCAAACACCUUCAUGUUGCUGAACUUUCUGAUCAACUGCAAGAGUUUAAUUGCUGCCUCGGGCCCACAGGCCGGACUUCCACCAACCCUCCUGUCCCCGAUCGCCUUCCGAGGUGCCACAAUGCAAAUGCUUAAGGCACGAAGUGUGAGUGUGAAGACACAAGCCAUUUCUGGAUACAGAGAUCAGUUCAGUUUGGAGAUCACAGGCCCCGUCAUGCCACACGCGCUCCACGCCGUGACCACGCUCCUCCGGUCCUCCCAGAGCGGCUCCUUCUCUGCGGGGCUGAGCACACACGAGCCGACCGCCGUGUUCAACAUCUGCCCGCCCUCGGACGGAGCCCCGGAGAAGGGGACGGUUCGUGAGGAGCUCGCCCGCUGUGGGCUGCACCCCGAGACUCUGGACCAGCUGAGCCAAGCACCGACACUGGGGAGGUCGGCCUUGCGGAGUGUGGAAAUGAGGGACUACUCGUGUAGUUGGAGGUCCUGACGCCAAAGUAAGCCUGACAGCAGUCGGUGAGGAAAAGGCCUUCUGGCAAGGAAGUCCACGAUUCUAGUACCUUUCGCUUUUAAACUUCAUUUUGGAAGUUGAAAGAAAGGAACAGAACUUGAAAAUACUCAAAAUGUUUACAAACAUUAACAUUUAUUACGUGCACUAAGGGGUAGGGUCAAAGGUUUCAAAUCAUUAUUUUUAAUUACUCAAGUAUGAAAAGCCCAUGGUUUUUAAAAACCUCAGAUAACUUAAAUGAAAACUCUAGAUCCUAUGGCCUAAUUAUAAACUGGAGAGAAGACUGAA